CCUGGCUCGCUGGAACCUCUUCCUCCCUAACCAGUUCAGGGAUAUUUUUCGUUAAAUUCCCAAAAUGCCCAUCAGUAGAAUCGCGUUCGGCACUCCGGCGGAGGCCAGCCACCCCGAUGCUCUCAAGGCCGCCGUCGCCGAGUUCAUCUGCAUGCUCAUCUUUGUGUUCGCCGGCGAGGGUUCCGGCAUGGCCUUCAACAAGUUAACCAGUGACGGCUCGACCACGCCGGCCGGGCUCGUCGCGGCGGCUCUAGCUCAUGCAUUCGGCCUGUUCGUGGCGGUUUCCGUCGGUGCCAACAUUUCCGGCGGGCACGUUAAUCCGGCGGUGACCUUCGGGGCCUUUCUCGGUGGCAACAUCACGCUCCUGCGUGGUAUCCUGUACUGGAUCGCCCAGCUCCUUGGCUCGGUGGUGGCCUGCUUGCUCCUUAAAUUCUCCACUGGAGGGCUGACCACGUCGGCGUUCUCCCUCUCUUCCGGCGUGUCCGCCGGAAAUGCUCUGGUGUUCGAGAUCGUGAUGACUUUCGGACUCGUCUACACCGUCUACGCCACCGCCAUCGAUCCAAAGAAGGGGAGUUUGGGGACAAUUGCGCCGAUCGCGAUCGGUUUCAUAGUGGGCGCGAACAUUCUGGCCGGCGGAGCCUUCGACGGCGCAUCGAUGAAUCCGGCCGUCUCUUUCGGCCCGGCCGUAGUGAGCUGGACGUGGACCAACCACUGGGUCUAUUGGGUCGGCCCGCUCAUCGGCGCAGGGAUUGCCGCAAUCGUCUACGAUGUGUUGUACAUAGGCCAGAGCACUCACGAGCAACUGCCCGUAACAGAUUACUGAGAAUGCGGCCAAGAUCCCAAACUUUCUGGGAUUUCGUGAUUUCCAACGUGUAAAUGUCAGGAUUUUGUGGAUUUGGUGUUUGUCGUCGGGAAAUAAUAGCACUCGGCGCGGUGCGUCUGGUCAGGCGGGUGAUCUUGGGAGGGAGUUUGUUGUCAUUGUCUGAGUUCUGUUGUACCCUUUAGUCCAUUUAAGUGAAUUCUUCCUACCGUGUGGACGUUUUA